AUGUUUAGAAUUUCACUUUUGUUGGCUUGGAGACGGACGGCAGCUUUAUAUCUGCGGGCCAGUAAACUUGUUCAAUAUGAACAGGAGGCUUUUGAAGCAAGGACAAGACUAGAAGAAUCUAAAACCUAUCCAGGGCCAAUCCGCUCGGCAACGCCAGGAGAUACUCGUUUUUAUGCAGGAAGUUUAGAAUCUAUUCUUCAGGACACUGACAGACACUAUUGGAGGGCUGUGACGGACGAUCCUCAAGUGCAAUAUCUUAUUCCUUUACGAAUUCGAUUUAAGAUUUUUACGUGGGUCACAACUGGUUGGGAACAACGGCUACAAAUUGUGCAAGUAAUGGCUCCAAGGGAUAGCACAAUAGCUCAACUUAUUGAGCUUGUUACAAUUGAAAAUCAGUCUCCUUACCUUUGUUCUUCUGCAUUUACACUUAGUCUUGAUGGAAAAGAGUUGGAUCCCGGUAAAACGCUUUCGGACUAUGAUAUUACAGAGCAUUCUCGUAUAGAUGCAAUAGAGGAUAAUGACCAUUUGCUUCAUAAAGAAAGCGAAAGACCAUUGGAUUGGACAGUGGAUGAGAUGAGUGCAGAGUGCCUUAAUCGUAGUCCAUACAAGGAAAUGGGAAUACAUCCUUUACCUAAUUUGGUUCCACGAUACGAGGCACGUCCCAAAGGAUACUUCGGAAAAAAUAACUAUAGCGGUAUGAAGCAAGAAUCAUAG